GGGGUGGAGUGAUUGGAAUAGUCAUUGAUUUCUGGUCAAUUUCUCAUGAAAAUGAAAGACUGAACAGGAAAAUAAUGCUACAUUUCUAUGUUUUCCAAUUGAUGAUGAAACAACUGAAUUAAUCGUUUCAAACCCUCUUCUUUCUCUCUUUUUUCAAUUCUUCGAGUACUGUUGCAGAAAGUUAUCGUAAAUAUAAAUAUUGGUGCUAUUAUAUAUAUUUCUUCAGCGGGAGAAUAAAGAACAAGAUGAAGAAAUCUCUGAAGAAGAAAUGGCUAGGAUUUGCAGCAGCUAGGCAUGAAAGGGAAGAGCUCAAGCAUCAGCAAUCUCUUGUUUUUGUUGAACUUGACCAAGCUAGCCAGGACAUGGUUGAUUUGAGAGACUGCUAUGAUAAGUUAUUUUCAGUUGCAGCAGAAACAGCAAACAACGUAUAUGGAUUUUCAGAAUCACUGGGAGAAAUGGGUGAUUGUCUGCUCGAGAAAACAGCAUUAAUUGAUGAUGAAGAAAGUGGUAAGUCGAAAUUCUAUUGUGCCUCUGUAAGUUUUUAUGACUUGUGCAUCCAUAACUACUAUACAUUGAUUAGGUAGGUAUUCGAGGACGUGUU